CCAGCACCGGCCGCUAUUCCAGCAACCACACACCCCCCGCCCCCUCUCAAAGAAAGAAAGAAAGAAAGAAAAACAGUCGGGAUCCAAGCAUGCCACAACAGCGGCGGCUAGGUAUCCGCCUCUCCUCCCCCAAAGUCACCGCAGGCGCAGCAGCAGGCUUCCCCCGUCCGAGAGAGCGCGGAGCUUCCGCCGAGUGAUGCCACAGCUGCAGCGGGAGGAGCGCCCAGCUACGCGUGUACUGCCGAAGCCUGCCGGAGGACCCGACACCACCAGCCCGGCCUUUGCCAGAAGAGGAGAGUGCCCCCCCUCCCUCUCUCCCACCUCCCUCCCCUCUCUCGGCUCUGCUCCCGUCCCGACUCCAGGAUGUCCGAAAGCAGCGCAAGUCCCGCGGACCGGACGAUCAAAUCGGUCCCCUUCCCCCUGGCCCACCGGCUGACCAUGAAGGAGGUGUUUGACUCGGAGGGCCGGCCGCGGGUGGACCUGCUCAAAGCUCACCUCACCAAGGAGGGCCGGCUGGAGGAAGCCGUGGCACUGCGCAUCAUCGAUGAGGGCGCCGCCAUCCUGCGCCAGGAGCGAACCAUGUUGGAUAUCGAGGCGCCAGUCACGGUGUGUGGCGAUAUCCACGGCCAGUUCUUUGACCUGAUGAAGUUAUUCGAAGUGGGAGGUUCUCCUGCCAACACACGCUACCUCUUCCUUGGGGACUAUGUGGACAGGGGCUACUUCAGUAUCGAGUGUGUGCUGUACCUGUGGUCACUGAAAAUCCUCUACCCAAAGACGCUCUUUCUUCUACGAGGAAACCAUGAAUGUAGACAUCUGACCGAAUAUUUUACCUUCAAACAAGAAUGUAAGAUCAAGUACUCAGAACAGGUGUACGAUUCCUGCAUGGAGGCGUUUGACUGUCUUCCCCUGGCGGCACUGAUGAACCAGCAGUUUCUCUGUGUGCAUGGGGGGCUUUCACCAGAAAUCCACACACUGGACGACAUCAAGAAGUUGGACCGGUUCAAGGAGCCCCCGGCGUUCGGGCCCAUGUGCGACCUGCUGUGGUCCGACCCCCUGGAAGACUUUGGCAACGAGAAGACCCAGGAGUAUUUUGGCCACAACACAGUCAGAGGAUGCUCCUACUUCUACAGUUAUCCUGCAGUGUGCGAGUUCCUACAGACCAACAACCUGCUGUCGAUCAUCAGAGCGCAUGAAGCCCAGGAUGCUGGAUAUCGCAUGUAUAGGAAGAGUCAGACUACAGGCUUCCCCUCCCUCAUCACCAUCUUCUCUGCUCCUAACUAUCUGGAUGUCUACAACAACAAAGCGGCAGUCCUGAAGUACGAGAACAAUGUGAUGAACAUCCGUCAGUUCAACUGCUCUCCACAUCCCUACUGGCUGCCCAACUUCAUGGACGUCUUCACGUGGUCGCUGCCCUUCGUAGGAGAAAAGGUGACUGAGAUGCUGGUAAACGUCCUGAGUAUCUGCUCGGAUGAUGAACUCAUGGACGGAGAGGAAAUCUAUGACGCCAGUGCAGCAGCAGCAAGAAAAGAAGUUAUCAAAAACAAGAUCCGGGCCAUUGGGAAGAUGGCCAAAAUGUUCUCUGUGUUACGGGAGGAGAGUGAGAACGUUUUGACCCUGAAGGGGCUGACUCCUACAGGCAUGCUGCCCAGUGGGGUCCUGUCCGGGGGCAAGCAGACCCUGCAGAGUGCUACCAUUGAGGCCAUUGAAGCAAUCGAGACAGUUAAGGAUGCUGAAGCCAUCCGAGGCUUCUCUCCGCAGCACCGGAUCAGCAGCUUCGAGGAGGCCAAGGGUCUGGACCGCAUCAACGAGAGGAUGCCGCCUCGGCGCGACGCCGUCAACAGCGUGGGCCUGUCGAUGGGCCGCAUGAACAUGGGCGAGCCCAACGGGACCGACAACAACAGCAAUAUCCAGUGAUCGACAGAAGAAGAAGAAGAA